AUGUGUACUAUAGAGAAAGCAUUAAUAGAAGAAAAUCGUUUGAACAAAAUUGAUAUUAUAGUUGUUCACGAGUUACAUCUUCUCGGAGAAAGUGGAGGCAGAGGGGUUACAUUGGGAGUUCUUUUAACAAAAAUAUUGUAUGUUAAUGAUAAUAUUCAUAUUGUUGCAGUGAGUUCAACAAUAAUUAACUUAGAGGAAAUAGCAACAUUCUUAAAUGCGAAGUUAUAUACUGGAAAUUUUCGUCCUGUAGAAAUAUGUGAAAUAUGAAGAAAAUAUUUGGUUACUUGAUUUUAAAAUGGAAAAAUUAUUAACAGAUGUAAACAAAAUUAAUUAUCAGGUAAGUUAAUGUUUUACCGUUUUAUAUAAUUAUCAAGUAAUUAUUAAUUAUUAUUUAUUUGUUUUAAAAGUAUUCAAAUGACGCGGCAAUGGUAGAUCUUGAUUGA